GGUGGAAACUAGGGACAGAAAGGGGUGGAUAGAUGGAUGGCUAUGUAAUAGACCAUAGUUUCUAUCAACCUGACGAAAUGUUUUGUUUUCAAAGACUUUCUGUCAACAGAUGGUUAUGAUUCUACUUUACUGUGUGUGUGGGUACAUGGAGGUGAGGGGGGGGGGCACUGUGAUGCCUUGAGCUCAGUGUGAAACAGGUCCUCAAGUCUCAGGAUUAUGUAACCAGCCAACUCCAGACUAUUUUCGACUCUGAGAUAAAAGUACAGCACCUUGACAGACAGUCAGUACACACACAACACUGGCUACAUCAAACUACACACAGUACUGGCUACAUCAAACUACACACAGUACUGGCUACAUUAAACUACCCACAGUGCUGGUAUCAUUAAACUACGCACACGACCGGCGUGUUCAUUUCACCUGGCUAGGUGAUAGAGAUCACAUUCUAAUUCACAGCAUCUACCUGAAGAAGGGUUGCAGUAGAGAGGUGACCGGGUCCAAUGAGAGGCCCUGAAGUGAAGGUGAUGGAGAUCACAUUCUAAUUCACAGCAUCUACCUGAUGAAGGGUUGCAGUAGAGAGGUGACCGGGUCCAAUGAGAGGCCCUGAAGUGAAGGUGAUGGAGAUCACAUUCUAAUUCACAGCAUCUACCUGAUGAAGGGUUGCAGUAGAGAGGUGACCGGGUCCAAUGAGAGGCCCUGACGUGAAGGUGAUGGAGAUCACAUUCUAAUUCACAGCAUCUACCUGAUGAAGGGUUGCAGUAGAGAGGUGACCGGGUCCAAUGAGAGGCCCUGACGUGAAGGUGUGAGUGGCCGACUCUGGGAAUUUAGCGGUAACGUCAGGGUUAAUGCCUCUACUCCUGAGACAUUUUAUGGUGUCUAAUGACCACUGAGAGAGUGGACCUUGGGUUCAUGUCUGAGAGGAAGCUGUGGUGUGAAACAGUGAAUAGAUGUGACGUCUCCCACGGUCUGUGCUGAAGGUACUGUAUUAAUACUGCUCUAGUCCUCUAAGCUUUUAAUGAGAGGUGAAGCACUGGCCGCAACUGUCUGUGUGCGUCACUUUCAACAACUUAGAGUAAACACACACGUCAGCUUAAUUGCAUUUCUUUUUACUAUUGUAUAAUUGAAAAGUGUCUUGUUUUUGCACAUUAAAUCCAAUUUAACUUGGCGUUCAUAUUAUACACUUGUCAUGCAACAGCUUAUCGUUGCAUCAGUGAAGCUGCCAUUUUAUUUAUUUAACCAGACAAGUCAGUUAGGAACACAUUCUUAUUUCCAAUGACGGCCGAGGAACAGUGGGUUAACUGCCUUGUUCAGGGGCAGAACAACAGAUUUUUACCUUGUCAGCUCUGGGAUUCGAUCUAGCAACCUUUUGAUUACUAAUCCAACGCUCUAAACACUAGGCUACCUGCCACCAUUUCAUCAGUGAACUACAGGUAACCGCCAAAAUAAAUGGAACAACAUAAAGUGUAAUACUUAUAAAAUAUACUUUUAUCCCUCAUACUAGUGUUUCCUUUAUUUUGGCAGUUACCUGUAUUUUACUACAACAUAUUGCUCUAAGGAUCUAUACUAGAAGCCUGUAUUUUAAUUCCACAGUAGCUGCAACUGCAGGAAAAGCCUUCCACUGCUUUCACACUUGACCUACUAUCUGCCUGUUGCUACGUUCACAGGGCCUCCCUCGGCAACCAGAGGGGUAACCAUGGUUACCGUGUUUACAUGAAAGGCACCUCGCCUCGACGCUGCUAAGUGGUUUAUAUUCUCAGUGACAGGUAUAACAUAACCCCACUCUAUCUGGUGCAGGGAUGUAUGCAGCGCUGUGUUGAACAGCUUACAGUCGAACCACCACACAGAGAGAGAGAUGAUUUGCUUUCUCAGCUCUGCAACAUUUAUUAUUUAUUCUUCUCUCUCUUUGUUCUUUUGAUCCACCACAUCUCCUCUAGAUAGAUUGCUGGGAUAUUUGCUUAGCAAAUGUUCAUUAAUGUAGGUCUCCUCUGAAUAUAUAUCAGAUGGAGUGUGUGGUCGCUGCUCCGUCCCUGGUUCUGGCCCGUGCUGAAUGGGUGUGUUGAGCAGUGUGUGUGUGAGGUUGUGAAUGCAGCUUUGUCUCCUGGGCAUUGGACAGCAGAUGUGUUCCCUGGAUGCUACUGAAUAGUGGUUCUGUGACUGUCACAGCAAUGUGACGCGCUGGGUGUGAGGUAAACAACCGCUUCACACUGCUGACCUCUGUUCCUUGUGAGGGGCCGGGAAAGCACUGACAGCUGUGUGUGUUUUGGGGUCUGAUAGAGUAUGACAUUGCCUUUUCCCCUCCCUCCCUCCUCCUACCUCCGUAGUCCAUAGGUGGCGGGGGGUCUUCUCCAGCCACUCUUCCCCUGCCCUCCCCCUGAGACGUGUAGCUGGAGUGUCCCCCCUCAGUGCCUCGUUCUCCAGGUCCUGCCCCACCCCUCCGCCUGCUGACAGACCUGAAUCAGGUCCAUAUUGAGCAGAAAAAUCCUGGGCCUUGUUGAGCAGAAACUCAACACUCCUGAUCAGUUCACCAGCUUCAUUCUCCUCACCCCUCCAUCCUCUCCUCCACCUGUCCCUGACUCCUGUAGGGACGGCUGAGAGAAUUCCCACAUUCCUCCCAGCCAAUCACUCAGCCAAUUGCAGCCGCAGCCUCCGGCGGUUCCUCCUCAGCCCCCAGUCUUCCAUGGACAGUGAGCUCAGUGCCUCCGAGCUGGAGGAUGACUCCAUCACACAGGGAUACAAGCUGCAGGACCUUGUUGAUGUCCAGGUCAUGGCUCGUCUGCAGGAGGACAGUCUUCGUCAGGACUACGCCACCACCUCCAUCAACCGCCGCAGCGCCAGCUUCUCCUUCCUCUCCCUUCAGCACAACGGUGAGGCCGACCUGGAGGAGGAAGAGGAUGAGGAAGAGUACGGGCAGCUACCUCCUCCCCAGCCCCGUCUGACCCGUGUGGGACCCACCCUGCAGCGCGGCCUCUCCCACUCCCACACCUUCUCCAGCAUACGGGACUGGAGGAGGAGCACAACCAGCCCCUCCACUCCUCAGUACCCCUCCGGAGGAUUCUCCUAUCAGCCCCCACCCCUGGCCAGCCCCACACUCAGCACCUACACACCCGAACAACAGGGCUUCAGGCCUGGAUCAGAUAAGCUGCGGAGGAGCAUGCCCAACCUGUUCAGGGCUCCCAGUGUGCCUAGUCCACUGAGCCCAGCCAAUCACAUCGUCUCUCCUUCCACCCUUCGGAACAGUCUGAGCUUCGACUCGUCCAAUGGGCUGGCCAGCAGGCUACAGUCCUCCAUCCCUUCACCCGGUCAGUUGCAGAACAGAGUCCAGAGUGUGGGGAACUUCCAGUCAUUGUCACGGCAACCCCUCAAAGCCACAGCCUACGUCAGCCCCACUGUGAAAGGGCCAGUUACCAUGCCGACCUCCACCAGUCUGCAGUCCCUGAGUGGGAUCCCCCUCCCCAGUAAACCAGCUGUGGGGGUUGGGGGCACUCCUACACCCCCCCGGAGCAGCCUGCCCCGCCCGGCCUCCUUUAUUGGGACCAGCUCCACCCCUCGAAGCAAGAUCGCCCAACCCACACGCAGUUUAUUGACGCCUCCUAAGAGCUUGUCCACCCUGAGUGCCCUACGAGACGGGAGCUGGAGAGAUGGCUGCUACUGAGAGAGGGAUGAAUGGGGACAUGAAUGGAGAGAUGAGAUUUCGGAGAAGAGCUGGCAAUGUAGAGAGACCCUGCUGGUUGGGGUCACUCACUGCCACAAAGUGUUAUUGGGGAAUUGAGAAGGCAGGUCAACCAAACUAUAGGGAAUAAUAGGGAAUAACAACCGCCCUCAUGAUUGGGUAUGUGAGGUGUGGUCAGCACUCAGUCAAACAUGCAUUCUCCACCUGUCCAAUUUGGUCUGUGCCAAGGGGAAUCCCCCUGUUGAUAUGUUUAUGCACUAACAAGUUUUAACCACGUUAUGGUUACAUUAACAUACUAAAGAAAGAGCUGCCACUUUAUGCUAAUUAAGCCACAAUUUGGUUUUUUACUUUGGAAUUCUGAUUAAUAAAAGGUGUAUUUUCUCUUAAUGGAGAGCACCAAAUAUGCUGCUAAAAAAAGUCUAAAUCACUCCCUAUUGUCUGGGUGUAUUUGGUCUAAUUUUUACAUGGCAAUGUAUAUUUAAAAUUAUCUUUUAUUUAUUAUCUUAUGAUUAGUGUAGAGACUAAAGUUAACUUUCAGUGUGCAUUGUUGGGAUGCUGAUCGUAUUGAUGCAAUAUUCUUCAUGAUUUUUUUUUUUAAAUGUGAAGCAUAUUAACCAAAUUACAGCUAAUGUCUGAAUCUGUUUACAAAAUGUCUCACCAAGACAGGGAAAUGACUUCAAGUUGUGUUUUGGACACUUUUUAAACUAUCAAGAUUCACUGGCAUAUCUAUGAAAUAUUUGUAAUUGUUGCACUGAUUGUACAGGUGUGAAUUGAAAAGUAAUUGUUUUUGUUCAUUUUAUUUGUGAUAUUGCACUUUUAUGGUUAAUUAUAAUGUUGUUGAUGAAGAGCACAGGGUAGAUGUUUUUUGGGAUGAAGGAUUACUUUUUAAAGAUCACUUACCGUUAAUCUUUUUUUCAGUAUUUAAAAAGCAGGUUAGUCUUCAUGGCACAUAUCACCAUCUCUUUCUCAAACAUUUUUGUAAAUUUUAUUUUUACUGUAUUUAAUUGAACGAAUGUAGUUGUUUUAACUAAAAUUAAAGAUUUUCAAAUGAUAACUAU